CGGAAAGAUUCCUCUAGUCAAACCACUUCCACCAGCCGAUCACCAAAAACACCCAAUAAUCUCAACUUUCCCAGUUUUCAAGAACCAGAUUCAAUCCUUCAUCUAUGAUCUUGAUCCAACCCCAUCUUCUACUGCUGCUUCUGGUCGCCGGAGCAGUAGGAUCAUCCACCGUUUCUGCAGAUGAUGAUGGUUUCUCCUUUAUUCUCCAUGAUUCAGAGCUCGAUGGUGUACGAGAAAUCCAGCCAGAUGGUCGGGUUGUUCACGAUAACGAAACCCAGAUGUUCGGUGUCGGUCAUACCUUCUAUUCUCGUCCCUUCCGAUUCAAAAACUCCACCGCCGGUGACGCUUUCUCGUUCUCAACUUCUUUUGUCUUCGGAAUCGUGCCGGAGAAUCCUCUCUACACCUUCCACGGGAUGACUUUUGCGAUUGCUCCGUCGAAACAAGUGAUUGACGCCGCAUCUUCUCAGCAUCUUGGCCUAUUCAACCGGACCAACGACGGAAACCUCUCAAAUCACGUCGUCGCCAUCGAACUCGACACUUUCAGAAACUUAGAACUUGGGGACAUGGAUGGAAAUCAUGUGGGUCUCGAUAUAAACAGUGUGGUAUCGGUUUUUGCUGUUUCAGCCGGCUAUUACAAAGACGAUGAUGGGAAGUUUGAGAACAUAACUCUAUCGAGUUCGCAAGAAAUUCGAGCUUGGGUAGAUUACGAUGGCGUCAAAAAGCAACUAGAUAUAACUUUAGCUCCUUUGAAACUCAAAAAGCCUCUUCGACCUCUCGUUUCUUGGAAAAAAGAUCUGUCGCCAUUUUUAUUGCAAGAUAUGUAUGUUGGGUUCACUUCAGCAACUGGGGUUCUUAAACAAACGUUUUAUGUCGUCGGUUGGAGCUUUCAGAUGAAUGGUGAAGCUCAAGAACUCGAUAUCUCCAAGAUCCCACCUUUACCUCUUAAGAAAAAAUCGACCAGAAAGAAACGAUUGAUUCUGGCAAUUGGGCUAUCUGUAGGUGGAUUACUGGUUCUAUCAUCGGUCACCAUUGUCACCAUAGUUAUGUUUCAAAUAAGAAAACGAAAAUACGCAGAAGUUCUUGAAGGUUGGGAGGUUCAAUAUGGACCUCAUAGGUUUUCCUACAAGGAUUUGUAUACAGCCACGAAAGGGUUUAAAGAAAGUGAGCUUCUUGGAAAAGGAGGGUUUGGCCAGGUUUAUAAAGGAACUUUGCCGGAGUUAGGAGCUCCGGUGGCCGUGAAGAAAAUCUGGCAUGAAUCCGGUCAAGGAAUGAAGGAAUUCGUGGCGGAGAUCGCCACUAUCGGCCGGCUGCGCCACCCAAAUUUGGUUAGACUUCUUGGAUAUUGCCGGCGAAAAGGCGAACUGUUUCUUGUAUACGAUUACAUGCCGAAUGCUAGUUUAGAUAACUUUUUAUUCAAUUCGAAACCCGAAUCGAGUUUAACUUGGAAUCAACGGCUUAAAAUCAUCAUAGAUGUAGCAGAAGCAUUAGCAUAUUUGCACGAAGAAUGGGUGGAAGUUAUAAUCCAUCGGGAUAUCAAAGCCAGCAAUGUGUUAUUAGACGCUGAAUUGAACGCAAAGUUGGGCGAUUUCGGGCUCGCAAGAUUCGGCAACAACGGAAACGAUGCGAAAACCACCCAUUUGGCCGGAACUUUGGGAUACAUAGCACCUGAGCUCGCUAGAAAAGGGAAAGCAACCACCGCCACCGACAUUUUCGCUUUCGGUGCUUUUUGUUUGGAGGUGGCUUGUGGGCGGCGGCCGGUGGAGCUGCAAGGGCGGCAGGAUGCGGUGAUCUUGGUGGAGUGGGUGAUGGAGUGUUGGUUUAAGGAGGAGCUUUUGAAAGCUGUUGAUCCCAAACUGAUGAACGAGUUCGAUAGAGAAGAAAUGGAGAUGGUUUUGAAGGUGGGUUUGCUUUGUUCGCACAGUGUGCCGGCGGUGAGGCCAAGCAUGUCGCAAAUCUUGCAGUUUCUCAGAAAAAGUUCACCGUUGCCGAAGGAUUUGGACAGUGUGUUGGAGAUCAGAGAGGAUUAUUCUGGUCGACUUGGGGAUGCGUCCACGAGUACUUACUUCUCGCAAAUCCAGUACGCGACGGCAUCGGCGCCGAUCACGGAAGCAUUCAUCUCCGUCGGCCGUUGAUCGGAGCAAAGAUGGAAUGCACCGCUGGAACAAAAAUGUAUUUAAUUCAUUUCUUUAUUUCUUUCAUACUUUUUAAACC